AUGGAGGGGAACGCAAAAGGAAAGGAUGGCACGGAUGAUGCGCCUAUUAGACCAGUAUCCUCCCUGCUGUCGCAUUUCGAGAAUCUUGCCCACCUCCGUUCCUCAUCUGGCGCCAGCAGUCCGCGUAACUCGUCGCAGUUUCUACGAACCCCGGAACCGACGGAGGAUAUUCGAGGAGGCCGUCAAUCCCUAGAUUUACCCAGUCCCCGCUCGCCAUGGGGGUCUACACCUAGUACGCAGAAUGGACAGUCCCCGAGUCCGCUCGUUCGAACCUCCGGGGCUCCAGGCGCCAGCGCGUCUCCAAGGAGAAGAGCGUACAGUAGACCGAUGUCGAUGGACCUCCAUUCUUCGCAGGUAACACCGGCACUGACGGUAGAUUCGCCUCGUUCGCCUCCGCAUGCUCUCGAUAAUGGACAUGGAAGUGAGAGCUCUCCUCGGAUGCAUCAGUUUUCGCACAGCAUCGCUGAGAUCGAAGGAGUGCCCCGGCCAAGGCCCCCGCGUGCGCAACGCCCUACAACCCCGAACUUCAGUCUAGGUGGAGGGGGAACCGGCGAGAAGAGCGAUUCUCCAGGCAGGGGAGUCUCUCCGAUUGGAAAGUCCGCGUCUGUUCCUCCCCCGGUGAACAGGGCAGACAAACCGAAGAUACCUGCAAAGGCAGCGAACCUGGGGCAAUUGGAAUUCCAAUCUUCGUCGUUGACACCAACGGCACCACGUUCGGAGAGGGCACCUGUCGACGAGCGCGUCUCGCCAUUUAGCACUCCUCCCAGCAGUCCGGAGAAGCCUUCUCCUCGAACAGUUCCGAGUGAGAGACCAGAAAAGUUCAAGAUACCGCCGUUGCGCCCUACGACUGAACCGCCACCCCGUUCAGCUGGCCCAGACAGGCCUCAGCCUUCUACUUCUGCGGUGCGCGAUGCAAGAGAGCUUGGUUUCUCGCGACAACGACCGGUGCCUGAACCUUCCCGGGCCACGAAACCCGUGAUGGUGCCCGUAGCGCCUCCGGACCGGCGUUCUGAGAUACUAUCAAGCGGACCUAGAGAAGCGAGAUUCUCUGAACCGUCGAAUCAUAAGAUUCCUGCCAGUGCCGGCCCAGACGAUCGACCUGGUCUUCCGCCGCGGUUCUCGACUGGUGCUCGACCCUUCGCACACAGUCCACCGACUUCGGAAUCCAGGCCUGAACCGGGGAGGCGGUCUCUGGACGUAGGUCGAAGCCGCAGUCAAAGAGUAUCACCAUCUCGACGAGUUUCUGCAAUCGAUACAACCUUUCCGCCCCCUCCUCGUAGAGAGACUGGUGGCUCUACACCUGCAUCUACAUCUGCAGGCGGCUGGCAGGGGAACGACACAUCUGCAAAUGGACCGAAUGGCUUGGACCAGUCGAGGGGUGCUCGACGUCACAGUCCCCAACCGCCACCGGUGUCCCGCGACACGAAGUAUACCAGUUCGACCCCUAUCGAACAGAAUCGGAACCCGCGGGUGGAGGAGCCAGACCGUGUUGUCGAAGAGACCCCCAUCCCGCGCACAGACUAUCCCGAUUCUUCCCAGGUCAAUCGACGACCCCCUGUCAUUAAAGGCGGACCCUCUGCCAUACCUACCAAAUAUGAUACUCGCCUGUUUGACGUAUGCGGGAGGUAUGUCUGUACGGCAGGUUACCUGACUCGGGUUUGGGAUCUUACUACGGGCGAAAUGAUAAUGAGUUUGAGUCAUGGGGAGACAGUCAAGGUUAUGUCGCUGGCGUUCAAGGCCGGUAAAGGCCUUGAAGACGAGGGCCAGCGUCUAUGGCUGGGCACCAACAUUGGGGAACUUCAUGAAGUCGAUAUUUCAACGCAAUCCAUUGUUGCCUCUCGGUCAUAUCCGUCCCGGAGGGAGAUCAUCAAGAUAUAUCGGCAUAAGAAGGAAAUGUGGACACUAGACGACGAAGGCAGACUGCUCGUGUGGCCCCCAGAUGAAUCAGGCACCCCGAACCUCCAGUACAGCUACAGUAAUCCUUAUGACCGUGUCGCAAGAGGACAUACAUUCUCUCUUGUUGUUGGGGAUACAUUAUGGCUAGCAACCGGGAAGGAUGUCCGAAUCUACAGACCCAAUGCGCGGGAGGACACUUCGUUCCAAGUGCUUCGGAGACCUUUGGGGCAGCAUCAUACGGGAGAGGUCACUUCUGGUGCAUAUACGACCAAGGAUGGAGGGAGAGUUUAUUUGGGCCAUGCCGAUGGUAAAGUUACCAUCUAUUCAUCGACCAAUUAUGCCUGUCUAGGCUCAGUCAACGUUAGUGUCUAUAAGAUUAAUUGCUUGGCCAUGGCGGGAGACUAUCUGUGGGCUGCCUAUAAGACCGGGAUGAUCUAUGUCUACGAUGUCAACACGAAUCCGUGGACUGUGAAGAAGGACUGGCGGGCACAUGAUGACCCCGUUUGUGGUCUGUUAUUGGAUCCAAGCAGCGUGUGGACGGUCAAUCGCCUUCAGGUUGCCUCGCUGGGCACGGACAACUGUAUCCGGCUAUGGGACGGAAUGCUGGAGGAAGAUUGGCUUGAGACGAGGAUGCAAAGUAAAGAUGUGGAGUACUGUACGUUCCGUGAGGUACGAGCGGUGGUCGUGACAUGGAACGCGGGAGCUUCGGUUCCUGGCAGUGUGCGACACAGCAGUUUCAUACGAGAUGCAAUCCACCCAGAGGACCCGCCGGAGAUCAUAGUCUUUGGAUUCCAGGAACUUGUCGAUCUGGAAGACAAGAAGAUCACAGCCAAGUCUUUGUUCAAGGGCAGUAAAAAGAAGGAUGGUGCAGAGAAGGAACAUAUGAGUCGACAGUACCGAGUGUGGCGAGACCAUCUUGCAACGGCUAUCAACGACUGUAUGCCUCUUGAUGAAAAUUAUGUUCUUUUGCAUACGGCAAAUCUCGUUGGUCUUUUCACCUGCGUUUUCAUCAAACAUCGGGAACGACAACGGAUCCGAAACAUUAGCGCGGCGGAAGUCAAGCGAGGAAUGGGUGGUUUGCACGGGAACAAGGGUGCUUUGAUUCUGCGCUUCGUGCUGGAUGACAGCUCCAUCUGCCUGGUAAACUGCCAUCUGGCUGCUGGCCAGUCGCAUACGGCGAGCCGCAACAAUGACAUUGCAGCUAUCCUUGAGAGCGAAUCUCUGCCCGCAGAGACUAGCCUGACGACCCGCGCUGACCUCUUCGUGGGCGGCGGUGAUGGAACUAUGAUCCUCGAUCACGAAAUUUGCAUCCUCAAUGGCGAUUUGAAUUACCGUAUCGAUUCGAUUCCACGAAACGUCAUUAUCGAAGAUAUCAAAAACAACAACCUUCCCAAGCUUCUAGACAGAGAUCAGCUUCUCGCAUCGAGGCGUAAGAAUCCUGGUUUCCGCUUGCGGUCAUUUAACGAAGCCCCCAUUACAUUCGCGCCUACGUAUAAAUACGAUGUCGGGUCAGACGAGUAUGACUCCAGUGAAAAGAAGCGUGCCCCAGCAUGGUGUGAUCGUGUCCUUUCUCGGGGCCCGGGGAGGAUCAAGCAGCUGGAGUACCGGCGACAUGAGGUCAAGGCAUCUGACCAUCGACCUGUCAGUGCUUCUUUCAAAAUGCGGAUCAAGACGGUGUCUCCUCAGGAGCGUGCACAGACAUGGGAGGAAUGCCAGAAAGCCUUUGCGAAGGAGAAGCGCAGACUGGCAUCUGAAGCGAGUAUCGAGUACCUCGUUACAGUCCUUGGAACCGAUCCCGAGGAAGCGACCCGUCUAAUGAAACCUGGGUCCUCGAAAUAA